AUCCAUUUCUUAACCUAAAAUUUUUGAAACGGAAUGUAUGGAAGGCCUGUUUUGUUUUCAAUAUUGAAUAUCAAAUUAAAAUUAAGAAAAUGAGUGAUUAUUCGGAUUCAGAUAGUGACUAUAACGAGAACGAAAAAUUACUGUUGAAUAAAUACAGACAAAGACAGCAUGAAUCAGAUGAAGAAAAUGAGGAGGCAGUUUUCAACGUUGCCUCAGAUGAUGGAGAUGAUAGUGACGAUUAUGAAGAUGUUUUGGCGGACAGCGAUAUAGAGGGGCAAGAGGAAGAUGAUGAUUUGCCCGAUGAGAAAGCUUGGGGGAGAAAUAAAAAGGCAUUUUAUUCUACAGACUAUGUAGACCCCAGGUCUGAGAAAGAAAAGGUUCUAGAGUUCGCAGAACUUGAGGAAGAAGCUGGUAAAAAGUUAGAAGGUGAAAUAUAUGAUCAACUGGGUAUUUUUACGUCAGAUUUCUCCGAACAGGUUGAGAAUGAGGAGGAAGAAGAGGACGAUGAAACGGAAAAAGAAUCACAACUUGUUCAAGCGGAGGAGGACAUAUCAACUAAUCUCAUCGAUGAUUUCGAAGAUUACACAGGUAUAUAUGAGAAUUUCCUGAAGCCAAUCGAUGCCAUGAUUAAAAGUGAUAAAAUCUCAAAUUCUUCAUUGAUAGAGUUUGUCCAGUGUUUUUCGGAUCUUAUUUUGAAUUACAGCACAAAUAUAUCAAUGUACUUUUUACUGAAGGCUGAAAAUACUCUGAUCAAAAAUCAUCCUAUCCUGAAAAGACUACAACAGUAUCAGGAAGCUAUUGGAAAACUGCAAACAGUAUUUGAAGAAUACUGGAAAAGCAAAAUAGAGGAAUACUUGAAUGUGAAGGAAUCUCCAGACAAAAAAACUGUUAAACCGAAGAAGCUUAAGAUACUUCAAAAUCCAGUUGUAGAAAAACCUUCGAAAAAAAGGAAAUUUGGGGACGCUCCAAUUGAAAAAAUAGUGGAAAUUACUAAAAAAAUGAAAAUGGAAGAGGAAAGCACUAAAGAAGAAGUGCAAGAAGAUGGUCAAGUAGAUGAAUUGGUGAAGCGUCCCAUCACAUAUCAAAUGGCCAAGAAUAAGGGUCUUACACCUCAUAGGAAAAAGGAACAGAGAAAUCCAAGAGUUAAGCACAGGAAUAAAUACAAGAAAGCUAAGAUCCGCAGGAAGGGAGCUGUACGUGAAGUGAGGAACGAGAGCAGCAGAUAUGGUGGGGAAAUGAGUGGAAUCAAUGCUCAUGUUCUUAAAGGUAUCAAACUGAGAGUUUAGUCUGUAUAUAUAUAUGUAUAAAUUGUUAUUAUUAUAAAUAUAGAAUUAAAAUAAUUUUGGCUAAGUU